CCGUCGACGUUCCCUUCGUCGUCGUUCUCGUCCUCGCCGUCGUUUCAGCGGCGAGGUGGUGUCGUGAUUCCUCCUCCUUAGAACGUGGACAACCGCGGCGACUCCGGGGGAUGACAGCCAUGGGGUCCUUCCACGCCGUCUCCGGGUGCUUCGUUCUCCUCGUGGCUACGGUCGUCCUACUGCCCGCUACGCAUCACACACCGUUUGCAUACGCCGCAACUGCCAGCGGCAGUAUGCUGGGCGACGUGAACAUCUCUGCGAUACUGGAUUCCUUCUCCGUCAGUUACGAUAAAAGAGUAAGGCCGAACUACGGAGGUCCGCCCGUGGAGGUCGGCGUCACCAUGUAUGUCCUCAGCAUCAGCUCCGUGUCCGAGGUGUUGAUGGACUUCACGUUGGAUUUUUACUUUCGACAAUUCUGGACGGAUCCACGACUCGCGUUCAAGCCGCGACCGGGCGUCGAGACGCUCAGCGUCGGUUCAGAAUUCAUCAAGAACAUUUGGGUACCCGACACCUUCUUCGUCAACGAGAAGCAAUCGUACUUUCACAUCGCUACCACCAGCAACGAGUUCAUUCGCAUUCACCACUCGGGAAGCAUCACGCGUAGCAUACGGUGACUAUUGCUGACCGUGAGUCGUCACGUCGGUCUUAGAUACUUUGGAUUAAGCGAAGAUAUUUGUGUUCUUGUUCUCCCGGCAGUUGGAUACACAAUGCGCGAUAUUCGGUACAAAUGGAACUCCGGCCUACAGUCGGUCGGCAUCUCGAACGAGGUGGAACUACCGCAGUUUCGCGUGCUCGGUCACAGGCAACGACAGACAACCAUACACCUAUCUACAGGGAAUUACUCGCGGCUGGCCUGCGAGAUCCAGUUCGUACGGUCGAUGGGCUACUACCUGAUCCAGAUCUACAUACCCUCAGGGCUGAUUGUCAUAAUAUCGUGGGUGAGCUUUUGGCUAAACCGAAACGCGACCCCCGCUCGGGUGGCCCUCGGAGUAACCACUGUGCUCACUAUGACGACCCUAAUGUCCUCGACGAACGCGGCGCUACCAAAGAUCUCCUACGUCAAGUCCAUCGACGUCUAUCUGGGCACCUGCUUCGUCAUGGUCUUUGCCUCGUUGCUCGAGUACGCCACGGUGGGCUACAUGGCGAAGAGGAUUCAGAUGCGGAAGAAUCGGUUCCAAAAGAUAGCCGAGAGCAUGAAGGCGGCGAGCGAAAAUCCAGGACCGCCGCGCGUGCCCGGCGAUCAUGGCGAUCAUGCGCCUAAGCAAACUGAGGUGCGGUUCAAGGUGCACGACCCAAAGGCACACAGCAAAGGUGGGACGCUCGAGAACACCAUAAAUGGUCGCGCCGAUGAAGAAUCGGCGGGCGCGCCACAACAUAUUAUUCAUCCUAGCAAGGACAUCACCAAGCUCUACGGCAUAACGCCGUCGGACAUCGACAAAUACUCCCGCAUCGUAUUCCCAGUAUGUUUCGUUUGCUUCAAUCUGAUGUACUGGAUCAUUUAUCUCCACAUCAGCGACGUGGUCGCGGAUGACCUCGUGUUGCUUGAGGAGGCAAAAUAA